UAUUGCAUGCUUAAGUGGAAUAUUACCACAUAAGUUAUCAUGGGGUCGAAAAUGUCAUCAAAUCAUCAUUUAGUUGAAGAACAGUGUGAGGAGCCAGACUGGAAAUUGCGAAGGAAGUCAUAUUCGAUGUCGUCUGCUAUGGAAGGAAGUAAAGGUUCGAACGAUCGCGAUGAAGAUUCGGUGGACGGACAUUCCACUAGUAUGAGUAGAAUCUCUGCUGGUCUGAGUCACGACUUUGGUGAUGAUUACGCUGGAAUGCGAGGAGAGGAGGAAGAACCCGCUUUCGACAUCAACGAGAACUUCGACUUCGAUUCGGACCGACUUACCGUCGACUCAGACAUGAUGACGAUGGACAGUAUAUGUGAUGGGUACGACGUGGUUGAGAUCGGGGACCAUCGCGAUGUCGGCAUCGGUAAACGUCAACGUCCGAGUAGGGCAGCCAUUCUGGCCAGUGACAGAUCAUCCGAGAAAAAUAGUUCACCUGAGAAAGUGAGAAUGCCUAACGGUGACAUUUCACACACUUUACAACAGCUUCAGAAACUUAACAUCAAGAGUAGUGUUCAGCCAGUCGUUUAUAAGAUGGACUAUCCGAGUCGAGGCAAGGCAGUUAUCGUCAACCAGACCCGUUUCGAUCCAAUAACUGGCAUGUCAAACCGGGAAGGAACCGACCCGGACUUGGAAGGACUUGACAGAGUGUUUCGUCAUCUUGGAUUCCGAACAGAGGCUCAUAGUGAUUUGACAGUAGCCGAAUUUAGAAAACUUCUUAUAGAACUCAGCAAUGAAGACUUUAGCAGCGAUGAUUGCCUAAUUUUUAUCGCCAUGAGCCACGGGGAAGAUGGCGCCCUAUACUGUAAAGAUGGCACAGUAGCAGUUGACGAAUUGGCCUUUCGAUUCAAGGGCGUUAUGUGUCCAACACUCGUUGGGAAACCUAAGCUGUUCUUUAUACAGGCAUGCCGAGGAACGCAGAUGGAUCUUGGUGUUCGUACUCCUGCCGUAGAGGGCGACGAUGAACCUGACGCUGCUAUUGCUCAGAAGAUGUUCUAUACAAUCCCAGUGGAGGCUGAUUUCCUCAUGGCAUAUUCAUCAACUCCAGGUUACUACUCGUGGCGAAGUCUCAAGGAAGGAUCCUGGUUCAUACAAGCUAUCAUCACAGUCUUUGAGAAAUACGGAACAUGUAUGGACGUAAAUCAAAUGAUGACACGCGUGAACAGAACAGUUGCCUAUCGAUAUGAAUCGAUAUCCAGUGAUGAGAGAUAUAACGGGCGAAAGCAGAUGCCAUGUUUUGUGUCAACACUCACGAAAGAACUCUACUUCAUACCAAAGAAACAAUGAACGUAUUAUAUUUCAUUUUUAUUUAUUUGUGACAUUAUAUACAGAUAAUGACUGUCAGCAAAAGUUUUACAGUUCAUAUCAUGAAUGCAUAUAGUGACUACCACGCAUGCUGCAUUUUCAACCUUCUUGAGUGACGUUAUUUCAUCAAGUUUCUGGCAUGGCAAGGAGGCAAACUUUAACUUUAGAGUUCCACGUCUAUAGUAUGUAGGCUAAUGAGCACUGUGUAGCGACGUCAGCUUAAAGCAAUGGACGUGUAUCAAACAUAAUACUCGUCGACUAUACACAAUCAACGUACUUUUACUUUUGAUGGAAGCGCCGUGGUGUAGCGGUUCUGACUCUCGCCUUGUAAUCAGAGGGUCGUGUGUUCGAACCCCACAAUGGCCUGGCGUCCUUAGGCAAGGCGUCAAUCCACAAUUUGCCACUCUCCACCCAGGUGUUAAAUGGGUACCCGGU